AGCCGUCGUAAAUCUGCAGCGGUGAUCGCUUAGGUAGUUGGAUACGCGGGUGCAACAUGAUCGAGAUAGGGCCGUGGCGCUUGUUUUUUAUUUUUAUUUUUAUGUUUUUUCCUUUCCGGAACAUGUGGAGGGGCUGCUGUUGUCGGGUCGCUCGUGAAGCAUGUCAAGCCGGGGCCGGGAAUCAAGUAUCAAAUAUCCGUCGUGCAAUCAAGUAAGCUCAUUAUCCCUCCGUCUGUAGGUUCUGUCAAUAGCUGUGGUUCGAAGCAGCCGAGUGCAAUUCACUCUGUACGUAUAGAUAGGGAAAGAGAGAAAAGAAAAGAAAAAAAAUAGACAGACGACGACAAGGCGAGGCGAGGGAGCUAGAGACGCGGGCGACCGCUCUCAGGCAGGCGUUUGUGAGAAUGUCGGGCGAAGGGCUGUGGAUGCGAGAUGCGAGAUGCGAGAUUGGCAAAAAGGGCGCAGGACGCGUCGUCGCCAGUGGGAUCCAUGUUGGUGGUUAGCGCUUUCUUUUCUUCCUUCACUUCACUUCCUUGACGCCUUCUUUUUCGGUUACGGCAGGACGGGACGAGGAGAAGCACCGGCAGGCGCAGGUGUGGAUGCGGUCCAGGGGAGAAGGUGCGGGUUUUCGGGGUGCUCGAAAAGCCCGAAGCAGGGCAGUACCGUAAGCUCGCUUGCGUCUUUUUUACUACCGGUAGGAUUGCGGUCGCCCCCUUUCUCACGUGGAGCGAAAAGAACUAGCCAGAUAAAGAUACGUAAUGCGCCCACCUUCCAAGGUCCACCGAAUUCCCAAACUGCAAUUGGACGCCGGGCGAGACUGCAAGCGAGACGAGGCACGUACUUUUCUACGUAGUAGACACCUACCACAGAUAGGUACCUGCCUGCCACUUCCCCCCCGGGUACGGAUCGUACCUACUGCCGCUUCUUUCGGUAACGAGGGGGAGAUAAUGGGGUCGCCGGAGAGCGGGAACUUGCGAACCCUGCGCCUGCCAACUCUGAACUCUGGCUGAAAGAAACAGAACAGGAGUGAUCGGCAAGCAGUGACGGCGGAGUUUGGUUGGUUGCGGGAGGAACAGGGAUGGACGUCAACGCUGCCGUACACAUACAUGCAUGUAUGUGUCCGAGGCAGGACACGCUAGGUACGCAGUUACUGCGCAUUCUUGUUUCUUUCAGGACAAAAACUCAUAUCGAGGUUUGGACCCCACUUGAGAAUAAUCCUGUA